UCAGCUUCUAUCGCCCCGCCUCUGCAGUGUACAACAAGCCUCACCCUGCCCUGGCGCCCCGCCCCCUCCAUUUAUAUACCGCCAGCCGUGCCCCGCCCCCGCAGUGCGCCCCUUCGCUGCCGGCUGUCCACGCGUGGCGUCUGUGUGUGUGGGAGGCAAGGUUGCCGCCAUGGCGGCCGAGGCCCUUGCGGUUGAGGCGGUGGCGUCGCGUCUGGCGCGGCAGGAGGAGGACAUCCGCUGGCUGUGGGCGGAGGUCCACCGUCUGAGGGACGAGCAGCUGAACGCGCCGGACCGCUGCCAGGCCGAGGGGCCGUGCCUCACGCGCGAGGUGGCGCAGCUGCGGGCAGAGAACCGCGAGCUGCGCCACCGCCUGUACCGUCUGCGGCUGUGCCUUGCGGAGGAGCUGAGCCACCAAGCUCGGCUGGAGAGCGCGGCGCGGGCAGAGGCGGGGCGCGCGGCCGCAGGCGCGCAGCCUCCUCCUAGUCAAAGCCCAGAAGAGGACGUUAAAAAGGAGAUCGACCCUGACAAUGAGGUGAAGAAUCCACCAAAUUUUAUGAAGGAAAGAUUGAAGUUUUUUGAAAUACUGAAGAAAGAUCAUCAGCUCUUACUUGCCAUUUAUGAAAAGAAGGGAGAUUCAAGCAAUGUGAUCACAGUAAGAGUGGCUGAUGGGAGAACAGUGAAAGGGGAAGCUUGGAAAACAACGCCUUACCAGGUGGCUGCCGAGAUUAGUCAGGAGCUAGCGGAAACCACCGUGGUGGCCAAAGUGAAUGGGGAGCUGUGGGACCUGGACCGCCCGCUGGAAGGGGACGCCACUGUGGAGCUCCUCACCUUCGAGGAUGAGGAGGCCCGGGCCGUAUACUGGCACUCCAGUGCCCACGUACUCGGGGAAGCCCUGGAGCUCCACUAUGGGGGCCUCCUGUGCUGCAGCCCACCCGGCGACAGCAGCUUUCACUACGAUGUGUACCUGGAAGACAGGGCCAUGUCCAGCGCAGAGCUGCCGGUGCUGGAGAGCAUGUGCCAGGCCAUCAUCAAAGAGCAGCAGCCAUUUGAGAGACUGGAAGUCAGCACGAAGGUCCUCCUAGACCUAUUCAAGUACAAUAAAUUUAAAUGCCGCAUCCUGAAGGAGAAGGUGGCCACGCCAACGACCACAGUUUACAGGUGCGGUCCACUAGUUGAACUUUGUAAAGGGCCUCACAUAAGACACACUGGAAAUAUUAAGGUCAUAAAAAUUUUCAAG